ACAAAGGUCAAAGUUGAGGUUCCUAUAGGGAGGGAAUCUUUGUGCUUAUGGGGUUUCCUUGGUUGGGGACUCUCUUGGGACCUUCCCUCUCGUCCCUCUCUUUCUAUCCCAACCUUUCUCUUGCUCCUCAAAUUCCUUGUGAGAUUCUUGAACUUUGAUUGAACUUUUGAGAUUGAGUUAAGUUCUCCUCCUACAGCUUACCCCCUAAUGCGUCGAAAGCCAUAGCGUCGCGAAUACUUCAUCAAUCAACGUGUUUCAAAUUGGGAACGGUAGCUGAGAUUAAGAGCUACAACAUAUCUGAGUUUCGCGACAUUCCAACGGCUAGUUUUCCGUCGACGUUGUUUCUUGUGAAGACGACUUUUCUGUCCAGAAUUUCGGAUUUAUAUUUUGAGUAAUUCUAGCUCCUAAGUUCACCUAGACUCCGUCCUUAAUACUAACAAGUGGUAUCAGAGCGAUAUUAAGGACAUUGAGAGGAGUCUACAGAAGUGUGAAGACCCUUCUAGACCCACCAUGGCCUGUGGGUGUGCCUAAGUGGUGUUCUAAAGGUUGGAUGUGUCUUCCGCUAAGGGGAAACUCUGCCGAAAUUUCGUGGACGCCGACACUUGUGAAAAUAUCGAGGGAGCUGAGUGUGGACAGCAAAGGGGAGCUGAAAUUCGUCAUUUCUCAAGGAGAAGAUGAAUGAGAGAGGAGGAGAUGCUAAUGGAAGAGGAGCUGGGGAAGUUGGAGGCUUCUGGAAGAUGGGGUGUGCACUUGGGGAUUGCAAAGGAUCACAAGGGGUGGCUGCUAUGGGACCUGACCACCCAGAAGCUGACAGUGUCAAGGGAUGUGAAGUUUCUUGAGUCCCUGUACUAUAAGGAAUGGAAGCAGCAGCAACAGAAGCUUCCAUCUACACCACUCAUUGUGGAGGCAGAUGAGUUGCAGCAGCCUUCAAGACAGGUGGAGGUUGCAGUGUCAGAGGAGGAGAUGUCUGGGGUGACUGAGGAAGGGGGAGCAGCUGAGGUGGAGCAGCAGCAGCAGCAUGAAUCUCCACCUCGAGUUCCACACCCGCCUGAGCGUCCUAGGAGGGAUGUGCGCCCUCCUGUGAGGCUGACCUAUGGGGGAAGAGGCAAGCCGAAUGUGGUGCAGGCUGGGAGUCAAAGUUGAGGUUCCUAUAGGGAGGGAAUCUUUGUGCUUAUGGGGUUUCCUUGGUUGGGGACUCUCUUGGGACCUUCCCUCUCGUCCCUCUCUUUCUAUCCCAACCUUUCUCUUGCUCCUCAAAUUCCUUGUGAGAUUCUUGAACUUUGAUUGAACUUUUGAGAUUGAGUUAAGUUCUCCUCCUACAGCUUACCCCCUAAUGCGUCGAAAGCCAUAGCGUCGCGAAUACUUCAUCAAUCAACGUGUUUCAAAUUGGGAACGGUAGCUGAGAUUAAGAGCUACAACAUAUCUGAGUUUCGCGACAUUCCAACGGCUAGUUUUCCGUCGACGUUGUUUCUUGUGAAGACGACUUUUCUGUCCAGAAUUUCGGAUUUAUAUUUUGAGUAAUU